CUUUUCUACUGUUUCGUACGCGCCAGUUGUUACAUUUUGAGUCUAACAGUCUACCGUUUCGAACUGCAACUGAUUGCGUGACGAAAACAAUUUUCAACUGGAAUUACACGUAGACGUGAGGGAUACGUUUCGCAGAAGUAUGCAGCGUUUCUUAUCGUCCCUAGCUAUAAUGUCAACGCGACAGAACUUUACUCGCGUUAUCAGCGAUUCGCGCGAAAGUGCACGCAUGCGCAUCGUUCUGUGUAACACUGCUCCUGGUUUUACCCAUAAUCCUCCCCAUCAUGUUCAUAGAAACUCGCAGAAGAUCUAUGAAAGUACUCAUUCAUUGAAACCACCAGUAAUUUUCUUUUCAACGAUGCAAUGUUCAGAUAAAUCUCGACAUGAACGGGACAAGGAUCGGUCGAUGUGCUGUCGCACAGAUUUCCGAAGGGAUUACGAAACAGCUACAAGUAUCGCUGGAACGUUUAUAGUUUCCCCCAUUGUGCUGUCUUUCCGCUAUGGGAUUCCCGACCGGCCGAGGGAGGACAUCACUUUGAAAGGCAAAGAUCGAGGAAAACCGGUUCAGGACCUGCCGGCUCUAUUAUGCUCCCGUACCGGUAUCCUCGGUGUACCUCCAACAGACUAAUUCAUAACUUAUAACGCGAGAAUUUCGACUCGAAUCCUUUUGAAAAGUCCUUCGGGUCUUUUUAGGGUUCUUCGAACCCAUGUUAUUUUAACAUAUGUAUAUACGUGAAACUUGAAACUUGGGAGAUUAGUUGCGUUGAAAGUAUACAUUUUCAAUGUUGGUUAUCGUUAACACGUUGAAUGCCAUGGGGGUCACCGGUGACCGGCGCACCGAGAUUGUUAGAAAUACAUAAUUUGAACAAAUGUCAAUAGUUAUGCAUUUUUUAUUAUUACCAUCGUUACUACAAUGUGUGACGAAAUUAAUGCAAUAUAAAAUAUAUAAAAAUAGUUUUACUUGUACAUGAAAUAUAGAUCUAUUAUGUGCGUCCCCACCAGUGGCCGUUGAACAUGGGAAAAAUCCGCUUUUUCCAUGUUUUAUCUCAAUGAACAAUAACCCUAAGGAACGUUUCGACUUGAAAGAUGUUUAAUGGCAUUUAAGGUCCUUGACCUUAGGUAGGUUUAUGGUACAACCCGCGACGUAACAACAUAGAACAAUUAUUUAGCAAUUCGAAGAAACAAUAUGAGAUAAUUGAUAAUCGU